AGGCUGAUUUUAGUCUGACGGACAAAAUAACAUUAGCUCUGAAAGCUCAGUUAGUAAAGCUUCCAAAACCCAAGGUAAUCAAUAUACACAUUGUCAAUUCAACUCCAAAAACGUUGACACUUAGGGCCUGUUCGUGCGGAUAAUAUGGCCUUGCAAACUUUGCAAGGCCAUAUUAUCCUUACUUUACAAUAUUUUACCACCAAACUUGCUGUUCUACUUAUUUUGUUGCGUUCUUCAGCGGUUGUGUUUGGAUUUUAAUUUCUUUGUUUAAAUGCAAAUCAGGGAAAACCGUGAGAAGGUCCAUUGGAGUAUCAAACUACAGCACUCAAUUUGUUUCAUUUUCCUCCGAAUCCAAGACUAUCACAUACGUUACCACUGAGAUAACUGCUAGUUACCACCGUGGUAACUUCUGCAUGAUAGUGCUUAGUGAAACCUACCCGAAGUUCAAGUUGUAGUCAGGGGCGUAGGAACGGGGGGGGGGGCAAGGGGGCCUAGGUCCCCCAAGUUUCCAGAAGACACAAAAAGUGCCCUCUCUCCGGUGGGAAAGUGAUCUUUGUCUUCGUGAAAAAUAUUGUUCAGAAAAUAAUCUGCAAUUCUUGAGAAAAGUACCCUUCAAUAUUAAAUGUUCAUGAAACACAUAAAUUUAACUUUUGGUCGAUGUUUUUUUAAAAAAAUGUGAUCAAAAACGUUGAUUGUAGGUUGCAAUUCGAAAUUUGGGCAAAUGUAUUAUAUUAAGCAUGGAAUAUGUUAUGGUUGCAAGAUUGUUUUCCUCCCCCCAUACAAGGAGAACUUCGAUGUUUUGAGCGAAGGCUCUUCGUUGAGAAGUUUGUGGAAGAAGAAGCGCCUUCGCUCGAAACGUGGAAGUUCUCCUUGUAUUUUUCAGGUAGUUGCAUCCCUAUCCAUCCGAAGCUUUCUUGUUAUUGCCACUACCUACACUGGUACAGACCAUAGUGGUUGGAUAGUUCAUGGCCUAUCGAAAGGGAGAUGGCUGUGAAACUUAUUAGAAUAACAAUAUAAUUCAUUAUCUAUGUUAGUCAAUGUUUACUCAUAAAUCUGGUCCUUCACCGUCACGUGUGUGUAUUUUUGCCCAACUAACCAAUAGCAAUGUUUUAGGAAAGUUACCUAUCCGUGACUUGAACAAUAGGGUAAAUUAGAAAUUGCUAUUGGUUGAUUUGGCAAAAAUACAAUACACGCGUGACGGUGAAGGACCAUAUUUAUGAAUAAACGUUGACUAACAUAGAUAAUGAGAUAUAUUGUUAUUCUAAUGAAUUUCACAGCCAUCUCCCCUUCGAUAGGCCAUGGAUAGUUCAACCUUGUUUUUCUGUUGGCGCCACGUUUUUCAUCCAAGUAUUAAAAUGACCAACAUCAUGUUUCACUUUAGGUGGAAGAUUUUGGUGUUUCUCCAAACAUCUUGCAAAAAUUUCACCAAUCAGAAGAUUUUUCAAUUCAUGGUUAUUCACUUGAAAAUAACAAAUGCUUUGUGUUACCGAGGUGAGAUGAACAGUUUUUUGGUUAAAUUUCAAACAAAAAGUUUAAACAGUUUUUUGUAUAAAUUUCAGAAAUUUCCGUUAUUAUUUGUCUUUUAGCCUAAAAACUGGAUACAUCACUUGUAUUUCACAUCGUGAUGUGGAAGGCAUUGAUUUCAAACGAUAUUGGAAAGUAAUGGUGAGUUGAUAACUUCUCUUAAGCCCCUGUCAUCAUGCCUGUUGAUGAGAUUUGAAGAAUAAUGGAAGGAUUAUAAAUGUUUGUUUUCUGAAUGUUUAGUAUGGAUUUAGGUUACCAGUCAACGAUACAGAGCGAGAGGUGUUUUACAGCAUACGUUUUCCUAUGAGUGGUAAAAUAUUCUCGUAUCCUUUUACAAAUUUUUCUUCAGUAGCAUUUCUGUGACCAGGUUUAACUAUAUACACUAACUUUAUUUUGUUACUAACCGACGAAACCUGAACUUUACUAACUUUUUUAUUUAUACUGGAUAGCCCUAACAGUUGUUCUUCCUAGAGGUCCUAUCCAGUGCUCUUAUGAGAGGUAUUCCCCCCCUGGACGUCCGCCAUUUUUAAUAUUAUCAGGGGGGGUGAAUUUCAUCUCAUAAGCACACUGGCUAGGACGAAUCAUGGCGUAGCAGCGGUUACGCUGUUUUGGCUGAGUCGGCCUUCUGUGUGUCUUUAUUCUUUGAUAGUAGUUGAGGUUUGGUAUGUUUUCUUAACAACGGUGGUAAGAUACCCAGAAUACUGUAUAAGACAUAAAGAACCACAAGUCUCGGUACGGUGUGAGCAGAAAGCAAUAUUCAAGUCUUUCCUAGAAGACCUGACAUUACGAAUGCCUAGUGUCUGUGGAGCACCUUUCACACUCACCUCUUCAACCUUAUACCCAACAAACAAUCUCCACCCAGCUUCUGUAUCAAAACAGACCAACCUUACAAGGGCACACACACUCUCAAAAGCCAAUCAACCUUUUGCUUUUACCAAGAAGAUUAAAGAUAUCGGUAACGCCCCAAAUAAAGACGCAAGACCCAACGGUAGUACAUCUAUUAAAAUCUCAAAUAGCAUUGAAAAUUCAUAUCAAGGUAGUAACAGCAUAUCAUGCUUGAAUAUGCAUGUCCCUCAAUCACGAUACCCCAGGGUUACACCAAAUACCAAUUCGCUACAAAACACUCGUCAGGAUAUUGUGAAUGUACCACCACUGAAGACUACGAUAACCCAGCCAUAUGUUCCCGUAUUUACGAAGCGUAAAUCAGUUAAGGAACUUUCAAAGAAGAAAAUUUUGCCAAAAGAUGGAAAGCGAAGGAAAGAAAAGCCUCUGGUACCUUGUUUCAAGAAGAGUGUUAGUAAGAGCACAGCAAGUACGAUUAACCCAAAAAUGCCUGCUUCAAGUGGUCUAGCAGAAGUAGUUGGUCGCGAUGUGUCAAAAAUCGUGAAGCCGUCUUCAAGUAAUGUUGGCAAUGUCGUAGGUGGUGAUGUGCCAAGAGUGGUCAGCUCAAGUGAUAAAGGAAUGGUAUUAAGUCGUGAAAGAUUGAGUCUUUCGUUGAGCAAGAAGCAUGGUGGUGAUAGCAAUGGGGUUACACAGCAAACGGGACUGAGAGAGAGUUUUGACAUCUUGAAUGAACCUGGAGUUGUUAGCACUUUGAGUGGGCCUUCGCAAUUGACAGGAGGGAGAGAAGCUGGGUUGAGUCCACAGGCUACGAAGAAGAGUAUCGAUUCUCAUGUGACGAGUGAAAGGAACAGCCGAUCUUUAGUGGAAGAAAACCAGUUUGUUCAAAAGGUAAGUUUGUGUAUAUUUUGAUUCCUGGCGGUCCUCACCACGAUAAUAGAGAGGUUCAGAUUUAACUUCCACUACCGCUACGCCUCACUGGCUUACACGCGUAAAAAAAGAGAAAAUCAACAACUUGUUGCAAGUUGAUAUCGACAGGCGUGAACAAGGUUGUGUGGCCCACUAUGAACAGUAUUGUGAACAUGUUGUUACAGCAUUGUUCAACUGUAACAACUUGGAACAACGUGGUUGACAACUUGUUCAUAGUUGGCCGCACAACAUUGUUCACGCCUGUCGAUAUCAACUUGCAACAACCUGUGCGUUUUUAGCAGUACGCAUCUGAUUGGUUAUUUAACAAUUAUAAACCAUUUUCCGUAUUGAUAUACAGUUAUAUCAAUACGGAAAAGAUGUUUUAUAUUUGUUUUAUAAUAUUAUAUUAUAGCACAAAGAAAUAUAUAGAAAGAAAUUUUCCGACGUUUCCGCGUUGACAUUGAGUUAUAUCAACACGGCUCUUAGCCAAUCAGCGUUCAGAAUUUACAAAUGCUAUAUUAUAAUCGGAUAUAUCAAACGCAUUUGAUUGGUUAGUGAUCCUUUAAUGUUGUGGUAGUGGAAUUCAAAUCUGAACCUCUCUGGAAACCUAAUAUCUUUUUUCCUCUUUGUAAUACCUCUUGUGGCUUGCUUCGUUGGAUAAAUAUCUAAUACGUUCUAAUUUGUUAAAUUGUAGCAAUCUGCUGUUUCCAAGAAAAAGAAUGCGAAGGAGCCAAAACCUGACGUUCUUGUCGAUGUAAGAAAGAUGGUUGCAGAAAAGAAGGUUCGUUUCGAUCUCUACGACGUUGUUUGAUUAUAAUUUUGCCUCAAUCGCUUGCAAGAUGAGUACUUUCUGUUAUGACUCUAUCAAACACAGAAGGUUCUAUCCAGAUAUUCCGGUUUUCUCUUUUAGGUUUCCUCUUGUAGUAACACUGGAUCAAUAUAAAGCAUAGGCGUCAAAAGAUCGAUAAGUGUGGGGGGGGGGGGCAUAUUUAUAUAUUCGUGUUCACAGACCUUAAAAACAAUCGAUUUCAAAAGAAAUUAAUAAUGCAGAACACGAAUAUAUGAAUAUGCCCCCCCCCCCUCCCACUUAUCGAUCUUUUGACGCCUAUGAUAUAAAGAGAUGAUUAACCUUACUGGACCUCUAGGAAGAACAGUUUAGAACUGAUAGAGCUAUCCAGUACAAAUAAAGUUAGUUCUUAGGUUUUCUCCUGUAGUAACACUGGAUCAAUAAGAGAUGAUCCUACUGGACCUCUAGGGAGAACAGUUUAGAACUGAUAGAGCUAUCCAGUAUAAAUAAAGUCAGUUUAGUUUAGGUUUCCCCCUGUAGUAACACUGGAUCAAUAAGAGAUGACUCCUACUGGACCUCUAGGAAGAACAGUUUAGAACUGAUAGAGUUAUCCAGUAUAAAUAAAGUUAGUUUAGUGUAGGUUUCCUCCUGUAGUAACACUGGAUCAAUAAGAGAUGAUUCACCUUACUGGACCUCUAGGAAGAACAGUUUAGAACUGAUAGAGCUAUCCAGUAUAAAUAAAGUUAGUUUAGUGUAGGUUUCCUCCUGUAGUAACACUGGAUCAAUAAGAGAUGACUCCUACUAGACCUCUAGGAAGAACAGUUUAGAACUGAUAGAGCUAUCCAGUAUAAAUAAAGGUAGUUUAGUUUAGGUUUCCCCCUAUAGUAACGCCUGAUUAAUGAGAGAUGACUCUUACUGGACCUCUAGGGAGAACAGUUUAGAACCGAUAGAGCUAUUCAGUAUAAAUAAAGUUAACUUAAACCCGCCUUUAAAACAGUUCUUUUCAUCUUCAGUUAUCGAAGGUGAGUGCAGCUGCGAUUAUAAAAUGGUUGAAAUCUGAAGGUGUGAAAUGUAAAUGUAAGGAAAAGAAACAAGAAGUGAUGUUGAAAGUUUACCAACACCUGGGUCUCGUGCAACCUGAACGAUGACAUCUCCUGUUAAGGUUAGAGUUGUCUUCUUUUAUUACUUAUUGUAUAUAGAAAACGGUGGGAUGGGAACUUUUCGGUUAGGCCAAAA